AGCCGGAGAGACCGUUAACAGCUUGAGAGAGUCCAGUUCUCCUGUUGCUGUCAUGGGCUUCAGGGCGGUGCUGCUGUCCUUCCUCCUGGUGUCCCUGAGCUGGUCCAGAGGAGCCGUCAUCACAGGGGCCUGUGAGAGAGACGUGCAGUGUGGUUUUGGUCUUUGCUGUGCCGUCAGUCUGUGGAUGAGGGGUCUGAGGAUGUGCGUCCCAAGAGGUGUGGAAGGGGAUGAAUGCCACCCCUUUAGCCACAAGGUGCCCUUUCCAGGGAAAAGGCAACAUCACACCUGCCCCUGUCUCCCCCACUUGCUGUGCACCAGGUACGCUGACAGCAGGUAUAGAUGUACUGACGACUUCAAAAACAUGGACUUUUAAAAGACGGCCAAACAUUCAGAUUAAGAGAAGCACAGCAGAAUCAGCAUUUCAGACUGAAGACUUCAACUGGAUGUGGAUCCGAAACACAUAUUUAAUCUUCACUGACUGUAUCCUUCAUUUGUGUACUCUAUGCACUAUAAUACAUAGUUUGGAUUCUAUCAAUCCACACACCAAGGACAGAAAAUAUCAAGACUGUAUAACCUGUUAACAAGAGCCUCAGUAGACAUCAGAUACUUUUUACCUACUUAAAACAAGGAAGCUAUUUGGGAACAAUUGAAGCAUUUGCUGUUUUAUUUUCGUGCUCGCAUUAUGUUCAUUUAUCAAGAAGUAUUUAUAAAUAUUCUUGUCAAUAAAAGUAUUAUAACAACGUUGCCGUUGGAGACUUGCUCUGUAGAGGAUUUGUUUCUGUGUUCACUUUAUUUUGCUUGAUUAAACAUAAUGCGUGUUAUGGGAUGGAAGUGUCAAGUGGUUUUAAUCGUAGUCUGAUUAUGAUGAAGGUGAUAAUGAGUCUCCUUUACUUUCACAAGCAAACUUGUGACUUGACCUUGCUGUAUAACGAACGAAAAGUGACGACUAAAGGCAUCUCACUCGUGCCAAACAUUUGACCCCAGCAGAUGUAAAAUAAAGGGCAA